AUGGGCUGGAUCUCCGGCGGCAACUUCAACCCGGCGGUGUCCUUGGCCCUGGGGCUGUCGUCGACCCUGGGCAGCAGGAGCUGCUAUUUCACCUGGAGGUCGGUCUUCAUCUACUCCUGCGUCCAGGUGCUCUCUGGCGUGUGCGCGGCGGUCGCCUACAGCUUGCUCUUCUGGGAGACCUUCAACCUCUCCCCCACUCCUGGGACUGGCUGGGUCAACGCCGGCCUCUGCGAGAUGCUGUACACGUUCGCCCUGUGCUUCGUCAUGCUGAACGUGGCAGCGAGCAAACGGGCGCCGCCGGCUCACGACAGCCCCGCUCCCCCGUCGAGAGCCGUCUUGGCCCACCCGCAGUGGCCCGUCAACGCGACGCCAAUGGCCAGCAGCGGCAUCCUCACCGGAGUGAUGCUGCAGGAGACCGCGAGCCAACUGUGCCCGCGCGAGAAUGUGACCAUCAUGCAGCGAGCGGUGGUCAUCGUGGAGGCCACUGGAAUCGCUGAAGGGGCAGCGAAAAUCCAGGCGCUGGCGAAGCGCCAAACAUACCAGCAGACGAAGCUUGCGGCGAUUCACGCGCAGCCGAAACUGAAUGUGCAUGAGAAGCGGUUUCUGUGCGGCGACUCAACAGCUAAAGCGUUUGUAUUGCAGUGUGCGUCCCCGACGAACCCAGCGCUCAAGCUGUAUGAAGGCCACGCGUCUCAGGCCCGUGGGGGCGGAGUCUCUGCGCCGGGCCGGCGGGCGCAGGCGCACGAGGAGCCGAACCAGUUCUAUGGGCUCGCCAUCGGCCUCGUGGUCGUCGCGGCGGGGCGGUUGACGCUCCCCUUCCUGAGCCAGUCCUCCCCCUCGGGGGAUGGGGUCGCGGGCUGCCAGGCCGCGACAGCAGCACCCCAGUUCUCCUGGCGGGUGGCCCUCGGUGACGUCGUGGGCACGGCUGGUGUCGCAGCACGCCAGUCUGGCACCUCGGCGCACGCGUGCGGCAGCGCCGGCGCACUCCGCGCGGGCGCCGUCCGCCCGGACGCGGCGAGGCCCGGCACGGGGCUCGACCCGAACGGCGUCUUGGCGAUCUCUCGCGGGAGAGAGGGAGAGAGAGACCCGCCCGCGGGCCGCAUGGCGGAGGGGCGCGGCCGCGCGGCCGCCGGCCGGCUGACCGGGGCGGAGGUCUUGGCGACGGCUGCCGGAGCCAUCCCGGGGCACGGGGGCCUGGCGGCGAGAGUCCCCUGCAUCGCGGUGUACGGUGGCGUGCUCCUGGCCCUGCACUGCCGGGCCUCGGCGGUCGCCCCGCAGCGCGGGCAGGGGGCGAACUACUGGGGCACCCUGCCGUCGGCCUGGGACCAUCCGGAGCCGAACUACGCGGUCAGCGCGGCGAUCGGCGAGUUUUGGAGCGUGCUCACGACCGUUCCGGUCGCAGGCUCUCUGCUCCUGCGCCUGGGCCUCAAGUACGGCUACAGCGGGAGGGUGCUGCGCAUCUACGCGGUCGUCUUCGUGAUGUAUUCGCUGGCCUUCUCCGCGCACCUGACGCUGCAGAAGGCUGUCUUUUCCACCACCGUUAUUAGUGUCAUGAGCAACGCCUUGCUCACAUUCGCCGAGUUCAGCAACGUGGUGCACCAGGUUCUUCACAGCGUCUUCGUGCGGGGUUCCAUUGUGUUUGUUGCCGAGGCCGCUCUGAUUUCCGUCGUAUGUACACUGCCGUACGCUCUGAAGGCGAACGGAGGCGUGUGGACGCUCUUCAUUGUGCAGUCGCCAGGCGUCUUCCUAGCCACCGCCCUGGCCGCAAUGCUUGUGCGGAAGUCCGAGCUCGCUGGCAGCGCGGCCGAGCUGGAGGUGUUUCGCUUGGUACGCAAGGCGGGAGCCCUGCUCAGCGCCGCGAUGCUGUUGUCUUUCGUCGAGUGCAGCGUCGGCUUUGAGUACGGCUUCCUGCCCAGGUGGUGGGGCUUCCCGUGGCUCCACAUUUGCAUCCAUGUCUUCGAGCAGGUCGGCAUCUACAUCUUCGGGGUGGGCAUCGCGGCGCUGGACGCGCUGCUCGUGGGCCCGCCGCGGGCGGGCGUCGAGGUGAGGCACCUUGGCGGCUGGCUGGUGUACUGCUACCGCGCCCAUCCCGACAGGCACGACGAGGUGGAGCCCGCAGCCUCGCUCGCGGGGGCCGGACGCGGGGCCGUUGCGGAGCUGGAGAAGCUGGAGCGGCUGGGCAGCCUCAGCUCGUGCUCCACGGAGGCCGGCGAGCCGUCUGAGCCGCACGAGCCGCCCCUGCCCGCCACAGCCGUGCAGCAGCCCCUGGGCGGACAGCCGCCCGCGCCGGGAGCCUACGGGGCCGGCAGCGUCACCGGCGGCUGCUUCAACCCGGCGGUCGCGGUCGGCAUCGAGCUGUCCAGCAUCAUGCUCGGCUUCGGCUGGUCCUUGGUCUACGUCUUCUUCGAGCUGGCGGGCGCGACGCUCGCCGCGCUCCUCUUCAGGGCAGUGCGGCCCGGUGACUUCCAGCAGGGCUGCCUCAGCGACUCCAGGGACGAGAUCAUGCCCAAGCUCCUGAGCGAGUUUAUUGGGACCUACAUGCUGGUGCUGACCGUCGGCCUGUGCGUAUUGGCCAGCUCGCCAGCGACCGCCCUCUCCGUGGCCGCGUCCUUGUCGUGCAUGGUGUACGCGCUGGGCGAUGUGUCUGGUGCUCACUUCAACCCGAGCGUCACGGUCGCCGUGCUCGCCAUCGGCCAGAUGAGACCUGAGCAGGCAGCCUCCUACGUUCUCGUGCAGCUCGCCGCAGGCUGGGAAGGGGCCUGCACCACCAGCGUGUUGGCAGCAAGUUCGCCUGGCGACUGGCUCCGCCCUAUGCAUCUGCGUGUAGCGCAUGGCGCGACCCUGUAUUCAUGCCGCGCUUCGCGGGGCAGUGCGCAGCAAGCACGCAGAGGCGCACUGAACUCCCUGUUGGGCGCGAUACGCAUGAGGAGCGUGUCGCAAAGGGCGGAGCCCACGCGAGCGCUCCCACUAAGGCCGCCGGUGGCGCUCCCCGUGGGGCACGAUGCGCGUGAGGGGCGCGCCGACAUGAGCUCUGGAUCGUGUGCGAACGCUCUCACAGGCUGGCGCCGUAAGUGCAGCUCCCUGCGGGACAUGUGCACCAGCACGGGCGCGGUGUCGCCGUCGGGGCGUGAACACUGGGCC